UAUUCUUAUCCCUUCACACUCACCUCACUCACAAACAAGAAACCAGAACAGUCUAGAAAGAAACAUGGAAGCCAAGGAACAGGAUGUGUCUUUGGGAGCCAACAAGUUUCCAGAGAGACAGCCACUCGGGAUUGCAGCUCAGAGCCAAGACGAGCCAAAGGACUAUCAAGAGCCACCACCGGCGCCACUUUUUGAGCCCUCGGAGCUGACUUCAUGGUCUUUCUACAGAGCCGGGAUAGCCGAGUUCAUAGCCACUUUCCUUUUCCUUUAUAUAACCGUUUUAACCGUCAUGGGCGUUGUUCGAGAAAGUUCCAAGUGCAAAACGGUUGGUAUUCAAGGAAUCGCUUGGGCUUUUGGUGGCAUGAUAUUUGCUCUCGUUUACUGCACCGCUGGAAUCUCAGGGGGUCAUAUAAACCCAGCUGUGACGUUUGGGCUAUUUUUGGCGAGGAAAUUGUCGUUGACAAGAGCAAUAUUCUACAUGGUGAUGCAAGUGUUGGGUGCUAUAUGCGGUGCUGGUGUGGUGAAAGGUUUUGAAGGUAAACAAAGGUUUGGAGAUCUGAACGGUGGUGCCAACUUUGUUGCUCCUGGUUACACCAAAGGUGAUGGACUUGGUGCUGAAAUUGUUGGCACUUUCAUUCUUGUAUACACAGUUUUCUCAGCCACUGAUGCUAAACGUAGCGCCAGAGACUCUCAUGUUCCUAUUUUGGCACCGUUGCCAAUUGGAUUCGCUGUGUUCUUGGUGCAUUUGGCAACUAUACCAAUUACUGGAACUGGUAUUAACCCUGCCAGAAGUCUUGGUGCUGCUAUUGUCUUCAACAAGAAAAUUGGUUGGAAUGAUCACUGGAUUUUCUGGGUUGGACCAUUUAUUGGAGCAGCUCUUGCAGCACUAUACCAUCAAGUUGUUAUCAGAGCCAUUCCCUUCAAGUCUAAGUGAUUGAAUUGAAUCAAACGGUUCUUGAUCAAUCAUAUCAUGUUUGUGGAUUUCAUUUCAUCAUGAAAUGGAAUAAUCUUAUGUAUGAUAUUUUUUUCUGAAUUUUUAAAUGUUUGUUUUGUAAUUUGUAUGUAAAGAAGUACUAUUUAUUAUGAUUAUUAGGUGUAGCAUGUGUGUGUUGCGUAAUGGGUCCAGCUCUCGUGUGUGAAUGUGUAUUUUGCCAAAUCUAAAAUAACACUCGAGUCAUCAUUUCUGAA